AGAAUUGAGAAAUGCUGAAUGCGUUUUUCAACUCGACUCAUUGACUGAGUCUUUAAAAAUUGAAUUGUUUAAAAUUUAUUAAAUCUCUAGUUCUUUAGGAUUCGAAAUGUCAAAUAAACUGUUGCUCAAGGGGGAUAUUUAGACAACCAUUUAUUUAUAAUUAAAUAUUUCUUUACUAUUUGCGAAAUACUAAAUAUGGCAAACUUUAGACCGGCUGGGCUUUCGGAUGAAGAUUCCGAUAGCGAUGAUUACGGUUUUUCUGAUAAACAGGAUCGAUAUAAAUUUUCUAAACCUUUGGAAGACACAAGACCAAAGUCUGAAACAAAGUUACAAGAUGCUAUUAUAAAUGGAGAUCUUGAAGGAACUGCUAAAGUUAUCAGUGAAGAUCUGAGGGACAAUGUGAACACCAAACUGGAAAGUGGCUGGACACCUCUUUCACAUGCCUGUUUUCAUGCCCAAGAAAAUAUUGUCCAAUUCCUAUUGGAUAAGGGGGCUGAUCCCAAUAUACAUGCAGAUUCUGCAACACCACUUAUGUUGGCAUGUUCAAAUAGCAGUGCUGAUGAGAUUGUAACAUACAACAUUGUCUCCAAUCUAAUAAAAAAAGGCUCCUUGCUCAACAUUGGUGAUAAAUAUGGUGUGACACCACUUAUGCGAGCUGCUAUUAGUGGACGGGUAUCUGUAGUUGAAUUAAUUUUAGAAAAGGAUAUUAACAUUGAAAUGAGAGAUCGACAGGGCUGGACUGCAGUCUUUUGGACAAUAUAUCAUAAUCAACCGCAAUGUCUCGAGAUACUUUUAAAGAAGGGAGCGAGAUGGAACAUAGUUGAUAAAUCACAACGCUCUCCAAUACAGAUUGCAAUGUCUCAUGACUAUGAAGAGAUCAAUUACAUACUUAAAGAAUAUGCAAAGACUUCAUAUGAAGUUGAAGAACUGAAAGAAAAAGAAGUUUUUGAUAAAAUAAACUAUAGUCUAAGUAAUUUGGAAUUGUGGCAAGAUUAUUAUCCAGGAUUAAGAGAUGAGAGCAAACCUAAGUAUGCAAAAGAAAUACCUCACCUACUAUACGGUAUGAAUUGCGAUCGCCUGACUAACAUCUUUAAACAUAAUCCCAUUGAUUUAAGAACGUUUCUAUUAUUAGAGAAUGAGGAUAUGGUAAAGUUAGGUAUUGAAAUGCCAUAUGAGAGACAGCGAUUGAGAUGUGGUUUGCGUAAUUUUCACAACAGGGGCUGGAAAGUUAAUGCCGUGGCUGGACUACAAACAAGGAAAAACAAACCAUACAGUACUGUUGAAUGCUUAAACAUAUUGGGAAACCAUCUACAACAGCUGUAUAUAUUGGAGACCACGCUCAUAUACAUUUUGCGUGAUUUUAGCAGAAUUCAGAAUAAAAUAAAAUAUGAACCGCCCGAUUCACCAACGAUAAACAAAUUGCUUGGUUCAGCUAAGAAAAUGAUUGAAAACAUUAAUAAUUUAAGAACAGAAAUAAAUACAAUGAAGAAAAUUCAUAUCAAGAUGAGUAGAGAAAGUUUCAGACCUGCCGACCUUAUUAUAGAGAAGAGCAAAAAAGACAUAGCACUCGAACUGUGUACUCAACUAGUUGUGUUUGGGGCCCUCAGCUAUUUCGCUUAUCGGACAAUCAAUAAGAUGUUGAUCAAAUAAAUAUAUACGUUUUGAAAGUU